UUUGUUCUUUUAAUUCUUUUACAGGAUGGAAAUGAAGUUUUCUUUAGGAUCAAACGAAGCACACAACUUAAGAAGCUGAUGAAUGCAUACUGUGACAGGCAGUCUGUUGAGAUCAACUCCAUUGCUUUCUUGUUUGAUGGCCGCCGUCUUCGUGCAGAGCAGACGCCAGAUGAGUUGGAGAUGGAGGACGGUGAUGAGAUUGACGCGAUGCUGCACCAGACAGGUGGUGGCGGUUUGUUGUGGUUCCAGAACAUAUAAACGGAAGUUGAGCUUUAAGCUUUUAGUUUUCUAGUUUGGUGUUUAACUGUUGUGUAUCUAUCUAAUAACUCAAAUGAUGUGCCAUUCCACCUUAAUCACCAUGGUUAUGCUUUUAUAUCCGUACAAAUUUGUUGCA